AUUAUUUUCGACUUGAUCCAACGUCGAAUAUUUUUUGUUGUAAAAUAAGUUCCUCUUGCGAGUUAAAAGAUGGCUUUUAAUGGCUUUGGCACACAGACAGCUUGGCCUGACGGAACAGGUUUCGCUGGCGAGGACGGAGAAAUUUCCAAAGGAAGGACCUCUAUCCGCGACUUGAGUCAAGGUGUUAAUAGCUUUAACAUUGUUGGACUUGUCGUAGCCAAGCAGGGAGUUCACUCAUUUCCAGACAGAAAAAAUCCAGGCACAGAAAAAUGCCAUUUCUUUUUCACUCUCAGAGAUACACCUACGGAUAUCAUCAAUGUUAACUGCUGGGGGAAUGAACGGUUCAUUAACGACCUUGCAAAUUCCUUCAAAAUAAACGACGUCGUGGAAGUAAGGAAUCCUCAGAUACAAAUUAAGCAAAGUAAUGAAGCUGAGCAAAGAUGGAGACCAUGGACAUCAAGUCCGUAUCAGCUACAUGUCAGUGAGACAUAUUCGUCUCUAAGUUUAUUUAGUGGAUGGGACAUGAGUGAGUUUGACAAGAUUUCACAUAUACCCAUCAAGGCCAGUAAUGACUUCUACACCCUGGGUGAUAUCAUAGCCAAUGAUCAGAACUUACAUGGAGAACAUGUCAAUAUCCAAGCUGUUGUAAAAAGAAUUGGAGUGGCGAGAGACAUCGUUACUAAAACAGGAAAACGAGUCAAGAGAUGUGAAGUGGUUCUGUUCGAUGAAACCUGUUUCUCGUUCCCACUCGUCAUGUGGGAUGACGACACCAUAGAGAUGGCUCAAACGUGGAUGCCUAAGGAUAUAAUUCUUUUUAUUGCAGAUGUCAAAGUGACCUUUGAUGACUACAAAAAGUGUAUGAUCGCUACGUGCGAUAACAAAACAGUUAUCACAGCAAACCCAGAUACUAUGGAAGCUCGGUACUUAUAUAAUUAUGCGCAGUCCUUGGAGCUCUUAGAUGACGAUCCUUUGAACAACCAGGAGUCAUCCCUAGAAGGAUUAAAUUUGGAAAAUGUGAAGGACGUGUACAGCGUUCAACAACUAAAGCAGUUAAUGGCAGAACUGGAGAAUACCUCGCAACAGAUUCCCACGUUUGGGAUUGUCUAUGCCUGCCUUACUUCUUUUGACAUUGACAGCGAUGUAAAACAAGUAAUAGCGUCAAGAUGUGUGUCUUGUAACCAAAGAGUUGCUCUUCUAAGCAAGACGUGCACGAACCCGGAAUGCCUUGUGUCGUCAAGUCCCGCUACACCUGGCAGUUCAACCGCGCAGCAAAUAAUCAAGACACAGUAUGAAAUGAUGGUCUCCCUCUCUGAUCACACGGGAACACUUGAAAACUGUAGGCUUGCUGAAAACUGUGCAGAGACAAUGUGUGGGUGCAAAGCAAUGGACUUGGCUCGCUGGACUUUUCCUCAGCUGACAAAUCUAAAAAUACAGUUCCUUUUGGAGAGAUGUAAAGUUUACUUUAAGCUCACGACAUCAAGUUCCAAUCGAUCCACGAGCGCCACUAAGAAGUGGAUUAGAUUGUUAUCUUGUACUUUGGUUGACCCCAAGGAAGCUACCACGUCGCUAGCUUGAUCUUUGUACUGCUGAUAUUCAAGACACCAAAACACGUGCGCAUAUAGUUUAGUCGUUUUCCAACUCGUGCUUUAUUGCAUAAUGAAUUAAAGGAACUCUUUGGUCAUUGGCCAGGAGCCAACGUACCGAAUAUUUAUUACUAAUAUUUUUGUUUCCAGUCAAUUAGGUCUUUGUUGACAAAAAGUAAGCAGGUGUGGCCAAAAUGAUCAGCUGCAAUCUUCGAUAUGCUUUCCUUUAUCGAUCACUUUCAUGUGUGGGGUUUGCACAAAAUUUGGUGUUCGUCUCGGCUUGAAACCCAUGUAAAUCAUGUCCUUUAAACUGUAUUCUUUGAACAAGUAUCAGAUUAAAGUGUUCAAACACA